AUGGCGGCUUCUUGGGGCCACCGGGCCUUGGAGGAGGCUCUGGGCAGCUACCAGCGGGGCCUCAGGGACCGCGCUAACAGAAGCAUUCAUCAGCUGAAAUCAGCCUUGCAAGAAAGCCACCUCUCCGCAGAAGAAGAUGAAUUUCCACACGAUCGGUCCCGCGGCGAGCCGGGAAAUGGCGACAGCGGAGCUUGGCAAGUUCUGCAGCCCAGCCCGGCAGUCGAUCAACUCAGGGCGCUGCUGCAGCGACAGAUGAGCGAGGAAAGCGAAGCGUCUCCCCCGAAGAGGAGAAUGUCACCUCCGAGAACGGCAAAGCCCUCAGAGAGCAGUCUUCCUGCCGUACAAGACCUCGUGCCUAUCAUCAACGAUCAAUCCCAGUACAUUCAUCACUUAGAAGAGGAAGUCAGGUUCUGCAAGGAGGAGUUGUCCGGAAUGAAAUACCGAAUACAAGUGGUUGUGCUUGAGAAUGAGAAACUCCAGGAGGAGCUAAAAUCCCGAACCGCAGAGCGGACUCUGAGAGAGCAAACGCUUCUGGAUGCCUCAGGAAACAUCGAGAACUCCUGUGCCAUAGCAGAUGACGAAUCCAGAGUACCUGUCCAUCCGACUGUCAAAUCACCACCAUCCCAUAGGAACAGAAACCAGGCCCCAGAAGCCACUUCUGAGCUGGAAAAAUGGCAGCUAGAGAUGGAGAAGUUAAAACUUCUAUAUCAAGAAAGGAAUGAAACUUUGGAAGCACAAGUCAGGUCUCUAAGGCAAGACCUGUCGGAAUCCCAGAAGAAUUGCGAAGACCUCGGAGGGAGACUAAGACACCAAGAGUCGCUUCCUGCAGCCAAAAGUUCCAACGGCAUUGGCGGUCUUUGUUUAAAAUGCGCCCAGCACGAAGCUGUGCUUUCCCAAUCCCACGGCAACGUUCAUAUGCAGACCAUAGAAAGACUAACCAAAGAACGGGAUGAUUUAACGACUGCGCUAGUGUCAGUACGGAAGAGCUUGACCGAAAUGCAGCAACGAGAAUCCAGCGCAUAUGAACAAGUGAAACAAGCCGUUCAAAUGACAGAAGAGGCCAAUUUUGAAAAAAUGCAGGCUCUCGUCCACUGUAAACAACUGAAGAAUGAAGUAGAGAAACAGAAGGAACGGCUUGAAAGAGAACUAGUCGCCCAGCAUGAUAGGAGGGCGAAUGAGAAGGAGUCCAUGAGACAAGAAAUGAAAAAAGAAAGGGAAGACUCGGGAGCCAUGAUGAUGGCCUUGUAUCAAAAUGUGGCCCAACUUGAGGCUCAGGUGGAGAGGCUUACAAGGGAGAAGAAAGCCGUAACGAGUCAACUGGAAGAAGCCCAAAACCAACUUGUUUCGCACGAUAGGGAUAUUACUAAGGUGUGUGGAGAAAUGCGCUACCAGCUGAAUCACGCCCAGAUGAAGAGGGACGAGGCCGAAAAGGAGCACAGAGAGUACAGAGCCAAGACCCUAAGGGAGCUUGAAAUGAAAGACCAGGAAAUAGAGAAACUGGGUUUGGAGCUGAGUGAAAGCAAGCAGCGCUUGGAACAAGCAAAGCAGGAUGGAGCAAGAGCCAGAGAGGAGGGCUUAGAACUGACAGAACUGCUGGGAAAAUCUGAACACCAACUGCACCUCACCAGGCUGGAAAAAGAUAGCAUUCAGCAGAGCUGUAGCAACACCACAAAGGCCCAAGCCCUGCGGGCCCAGCAGAGAGAGCAGGAGCUGACACAGAAGAUGCAGCAAAUGGAGACCCAGCGUGACAAAACCGAAAAUGAACUGUAUUCACUGCUGACCUCCCAGAAUGCAUUUUUGGCCAAGUUAAAAGAGGAAUGUUGUACCCUGGCAAAGAAACUAGAGAAAAUGACAGAAAAAAGCAGAUCUGGAAUCCUUCAGCUUAAUCAGGAAAACGAGUACAUGCAUGACAAAGUGGAAAAGCUGCAGAAAAGAAACGAAGACUUAGAGGAACAGUGUAUCCAACAUGGAAAAAUGCACGAGCGAAUGAAGCUGAGGCUGAACCAGCUGGACAAGCACUGCCAGGCCACGGCCCAGCAACUGGUGCAGCUCCUGAACAAGCAGAAUCAGCUCUUCAGGGAGAGGCAGGACCUGGCCGAGGAGGUGCAGUCGCUACGGUCUCAGAAACUCAUUUCAGUGCAAUGUUUUUAUCGGAGAUUCAAAUGGGAUCGGAUCCAUUCACGCGGUUCGUUAAAGGGCUACCCUCCUGCUGUCGAACGGAAAAGAAAUAAUCGGCCGAAAGGAGCAGUCAUUAAUCGCACAGUCCGAUUUUAAAGCCGGGAUUUGUAAUGUAUUUUUAUAAUUUGAUGACUUUUUUUUUUUUUACCAUUUGUGAAUUUAAAUAAAGUG